UCAAAAUCUACACAUUAAUAUAAAUCUAAAAUACGUAGAAACCGACUUCUACAGAUUUACUAUAAAUCUAAAACAUGUAGAAAUCAAAAUCUACACAUUACUAUAAUUCUAAAAAAACUGUAGAAACCUAUUUCUACAGAUUAGCUAUAUUCUACGGAUAAGAAAUCAGUUCCUAAAAAUAUGAAAACAAAAUAUUUGGAAUAUUCACUUUUAUAUUUUGAAAAAAAAUUGAUUUAAAAAAACGAAAAAGGAACUAAAAAACGAAAAAAAACUUGGUAACCUUCUUCGCCGUCUUCUAUAUUCCAUUUGAUUAUUCACAAAAAUUUCACAAAAAUUUUCACAAACAUUUUCACAAAAACUUUCCUGGGCAUGGGAUCGAUCGAUCUAUAUUGAGAGAUCGGUCGAUCUAUAUAAAUCGACAUUCGCCAAUCGAGUAAAAUGGACUAGGUAGAUCAGUAUAUCCUCCGCAUUUUUUGUCAUGUAUAAUGAUCAGGAUCGAUCGAUCCGGUGGACUUUGUAAAUGCGGAUCGAUCGAUCCCGCAUGAUCGAACUCAUUAUUUAUUUUAUUUAAAAAAUUACAAUUUUAAGAGCAUUACUGCUAUUUUGAAAAAAAAUUAAUCUAAUAAAACAUAAAGUAAUAGAGAUUAGUUUAAAGGGACAUAAUUAUCAUUUUUUUGUUUAAAAAACAAUUUUCCCUUCUAUACAGAGCAUCAACAGGGAAAAUUAAGAUAUGGCUUGACUGAGAAAAGUGAUUAAUGUACACACAAUACAAGAAACGUAACAAUUGCAUGUUAGAUUGAAAACAGUUUAUACACUCUUGUUUUUAAUGUUUCAGUUUUAGAAAUAAUACAGAAUAAAAUAUUUUAAUGGUACUUUGACUAGCCAAGCUAGUCUGUGACAUACGUUUGUGUGCUAAGGAAACAUACGUGAGUGCAUCAAGAAGAAAAGGAAACAUUAGAAAAAAUAUCAAAAUUUUACUUUACAGACUCAACACUGCGAAUUUCACGAAAGAUACAGUAUAUCUCAUAUAUUUUGUCUCUUUAUACAGAAAUAAAGAAGUAAAUCUUUUGUUUAAGCUAAUAAAUUCAGUUAUUCAAAACUUCUAUUUUAUUGAAACUAAUUCUAAUAAUACCUAAAAGCAUAUCAAACAAAAAUGGUAACUAUAACCAUAAAGGUUGUCUUCUUUCUUAGAAAUGAAAAUUAUUUUUAAGAAACUAAAUAUAUAAAAAUAUUCUUAGCAAAAAGUAGGAAAAAUAUUUAUAGAAGAGUAAGAUUUUGACUUUUUCUCUUCCUUAAAUAAAAGCUAAUCCCCAUAGAUUUCUUCACCAGUCACCACAACCCUCCUUCCUCUUUCUCUCCCUUCAUAGCCUCUCGGAUCCUUUUUAAGCUAACAAACGUAUCUAUGCCUGUUCAAGCUAGGCACAUGAACAUUUUCUCUCCUCAGUUGUUAUCAAACAGAGUUAACUUCAAACAAGACAUGAACCACGGUGAAUUUAUUACCGGAGAAACUCUCACCGUAGAUCCUUUGUCUAACGCGGCUGCGAAACCUAGCUUCAACAAAUCAGAAAGUGGUCUCACUUACAACUUCAACUCCUUCAACGUUGUUCCACCGCCCAGAAAACGUCCGCGAGUUUCUCAAUACCUUGACUCAGACGCUCACUUUGCGUCUGCGGUUAAACUGGGGUCCGGGCCGUUUGGUUCACCAUCAUCGUUGAUAAACGCUGAACUCGUGUCACACAUCCAAAAACAACAACAGUUAGAGAUUGAUCGGUUCGUAGCUCAGCAAACGGAGAAGCUUAGAAUAGAAAUCGAAGCUCGUCAGCAAACUCAAACGCAGAUGCUAGCGUCUGCCGUUCAAAACGCGUUAGCCAUGAAGUUAAAAGAGAAAGACGACGAAAUUUUACGGAUGAGAAACCUUAACUGCGUGUUACACGAGCGGGUAAAGAGUAUUUUUGUUGAAAAUCAAAUAUGGCGAGAUAUAGCUCAGACCAACGAGGCACAAGCUAACAAUCUUCGAACAAACCUCGACCAAGUUCUUGCUCAAAUCAAAACGCUACCAACCGCUGUAGAAAACGACGUGGAGUCGAGCUGCGGAAGUUGCGUUGAAGGUGGUGAAGCUAUUACAGCGGUUAGUGGCGGUUGCAAGCGGUGCGGUGAGAGAGAAGCGAGUGUGCUGGUGUUACCUUGUCGUCAUUUGUGUUUGUGUACGGUCUGUGGUUCGGCUUUGUUACGAACUUGUCCGGUUUGUGAUUCGGUCAUGAACGCUAGUGUACAUGUUAACAUGUCUUCAUAACUUUUUUUUCUCUUCUUUUAGUGCUAUUAUUAAAUUCGUAUUUUGUUUUCUAGAAACUUUAGCUGUUUAAUUCUUUUAUUUUUAUAAGUACAGUUUUUUGUAAAUGGGAAUUUAUUCUUGAUUUUCUAUUUUACGACUUCGAUGGAAUCCGAGAAUAAAAGUUGUAAAAAGAUGAAAUAAUUCAACGGGAAGAUAUUCUACUUUA